CUGCGCGAUUCAGUCUUUGACUCUCCACCAAUUCGGUCGCUUGCGUUUGCUCCAGCUGCGUUCUUUUCGCUCUCUUUGGCUCGCGUGAAAGUCGUAAAGUUCAGCUAGCUCUCUACGAUACAGAAAAAGAAACGCAUACAACAAAUUCGCCAGCGAUAGAAAACCGAUUUAAACUGCAAUUGCAAUGCCUAAAAUGCGUACGUGAGUUUCGCGCAGUGAUCGCUGUGAAAGUUCAAGUGAAAGCGGAAAGAAGAAACAAAGCGAGAAUACUUCAAAAGCAAUAAACCAAAAAGUGCAAAAAUACCUAAAGUUUAAACAAAGAAAACAAGUUAUACAAAACCAUAGCCAUGUUGUGUCCGCCAAUGGCCCUGGGCCCAUUUCUCGCCGCCCCCGUGCCACGCCCACCGCCCAGCGCAUCGGAGAAGAAGAGAAUCUGUCGGAACCUAUUCAAUAACGCUCCCGGGGACUCGAAUAUCGAUCAGCUGUUGGCCCAGGAGCAGCACACGCAGAGAUUAUACGUUAAGGAACGCUACGGAUAUGACAUCCAGCUGGAAUCUAAUCGGGAUGCGGAUGCGAAUACGGAUGCGGAUGCUGAUACGGAUGCCCAUUGUCAGGUCCUGCGCGGAAUGCGGUAUCCGACCUCAAGGACGAUAUCCAGCACCGAUGCCGAUGAGUGCAAUCCAAAGGCAGUCAGCCAAGCGCCGAGGGGCAUGGCCCUGACUCCCGCCCAGAUCUCCGCCAGCGCAAAGCUGAUCCUUCAGAAAUGCCCGGAAAGCGAUCGCAAAAAAAGCAACGGCAGUGCGGAUUUGGCCAACUGCACGCGACAUGGCCAAAAGCCAUAUGCGAGGCAGCCACAAGGCCUCAAAGGCAUGUACAAUGUUCGCAAGACCGUGAAUGGUAUUUCGAAACCCAACGUCAAGAAUGGUUACAACAACAACAACAACAGCAGCAGCAGCAACAACAACAGCAACAUGAAUAUUAAUAAUAAGAUUGUGGAUAAUGGUACUAGCGAAUUGGCAGAUCAGAAGCAGUAACUUUGGAUCAGAAUGACGAUGACAAAUAGCCCCUGGCGGAGCAAUAAUUGCAAUAUAUGAUAUUAAUUGUAAAUGUAAUUUUAAUUUCUAAAAUAAUUUGUUUAUUUUUUUGUACCCCCGCCAUACACAGAUACUUUUGUGUAUGGAUUGUACGUUUGUUUUAAACCAAGACUUGACGGUCCAAAAAUGUUGUUGCAUAACAAAUGAUUAAGUGAAUGGAUAAAAGCCAACCAGAAACAACAACAAAAGCAACCCCAGAAAAGAUCGGCGCGCGUGCACGGCCAAAAACAGGCAAAAAAAAUAUAUGAUUAAUAAUUAAUAAUAGUAAUAUAUCCGGAUGCAUUGCGAUAUCGGUCUUAUAAUGGAAAUUAUUAAGUUAAUGGAUAUGUGCUAAUGUUAGACAAGCGAUCGACAGCGCCAUGCAUCCACUAUAUAUAGACUAAACCCCAACCCAAACCAAUUCAAGCGUUCUCAGCGUGUUUUCGGGUCCAGAUGCACGCGUGUGCCAAAAGUAUUUACAAUUUACUUUGUGUCAUGAUCUCAAUUAUUAAAAACAAUUUUAUUAUUUUGUUUAUCUAAAUGUAAUUAUAAUUGAAAUUAUUUAAAAAUUCUUCUUAGCCCACAAACAAACACACACACACACCCUCGCCCCUCUCAUUCACACACCACCCACGCACACUUUUACACACACGCACACACACACACUGUACUCAUAUUUAUUGUAUGUACAUUAUCGAUGUGACAUUUUAAAUUGUAUGUACUGUCUAUGUAUAAAAACUUCGUAUCUAUGGCAAAAUUAUUUCCCCUUUAAGAGACCCCCCCAUUUUCGAAAUUCUAUUUUGAACAACCAAACUGUGUAUAUUGUACGGAGUGUAACCAAACUCCAAGCAGCUAAAUGCGAAAAACCACAACAACAAAUACUGUGCAUAUUUCCUUAAAAACUUUGUACGAAAGCAAGAUGAAAAAAAAAAACUAUUCUACUGUAACUCUCAAGCGGAGAGUAGCAGAAAAAAACC